AAUAAUUCAACCUUCUUCUUCUUCUUCUUCUACCCCUUCUUCAUAACUCUCUCUCUCUAUGGAAAACAUGGCUAACAAAAGCACCCACAUUCUUCCCAAGAAUAAUGCAGCUCUCAACAAGAGAAGGAUCAUCAACAAGAAGAGCAAUAUUAGUAUUAAUGUAAAAAAAAGCAUUGAAAAUGUUGAAGAAGAAAAACAAGAGAAACAAGAAAGAGAAGAAGAAGAAGAAGAAGACAUUAGUAGUAAUAGUAAUAGUAGUAGUGUAGAAGUUGAUGAGAAGGAAGAAGUGGAGAGAAAGAUUAAGGCAUUGCAAAGGGUCGUCCCCGGCGGCGAGUCUCUCGGCGUCGAAAAGCUUUUCGAGGAAACAGCCAGCUACAUAAUGGCCUUGCAGUGCCAGCUCAAAGCCAUGAAAGCUCUUGCCUCUUUCUUUGAAUCCUUGGACAAGGAGAAGAGGAUGUUUGGAGAGUUUGGGAGACAGAGAGGCUUGAUUAAAGAGCCUAAUUUGAGAGGAAGAUGA